AUGAAGUGUCCUCAGCCUCGAGGUGUCAUGGAGCUGUACAGACAAUGUGGAGGGAAAGCAGAACCUUUACUUGAGAUGUACUGUGGUGAUCCUCGCACCAUCAACAAUGACAAGGCCAGACUUCACCUGGACAGGGAGAGCGGCUGCUGGAAUCUGACCCAGACUGGAAGGAGAGACUCCUGUGUGUAUAUUAUAGAAUUUCACGGCAGCUCAAUAAUACAACUCUUCUCUAUAGACAUCCGUGUUCUGGAUCCGGUUCUCAUCUCCAACAUCACCAGUAAUGGUAGCCGGCUGGGUGAGGACAUGGCGGUGAGCGUCCAGUUCUCUGGAGAAGAGAGCGCUGUGACCUGGGAGGUGGACGGGGAGCCUCUCCCUGAAAAGAUACCGGCUGAUAGACGACAAUAGGACGCUGAUUAUCCCCAGUGUGCAGAGAGACGACGCCGACAGGAGAUUCCGGGUCAGGAUCACCAACCCGGUCAGUGAGGAGAUCCGGGAAUACCGGCCGAUCAAUGAUAUAAUGUUCAUCAGAAUGCCGGAAGCAGAAGUUACAGAUGCUGAAUCGUCUAGAAGGCUCGUUCUUGGUCUUGGUGUUGGUCUUGGUGGUGUUGUCCCAGUAAUAUCGGUAGCAGUGAUGGCCUAUAUCAUAUAUCGGAGACGUUCCAAGAGGAGAAAGAAGAAGGAGGUGAUCCCAGAAAUGGUUCCUCUAAAUAGCGUGGGGAAUGGAGCUGUGGCCGCUGUGGGGAAUGGAGCUGUGGCCGCUGUGGGGAAUGGAGCUGUG